GCCAAAGGUGAGAGUGCUAGUGUGUGCCAGGGCCAAUAGCGUUUCCACUGUCACUUCCGGGGCUUGAUCAGGCCUCAUUGGGGUUUCCUCAGGGCCAACGGCCAUUGUUUUUUGGCCCGACAAGUACCUACUUUUAAACAAUUUUCAGUUAAAAGCUCACUUUCAGACACCAGUGAGUGUUUGAAAUAACUUCCUUGUGAGCCGAUGGGGAUUCUGAUCACUGUAUGAAGCAGAAAUAUACUUAUAUGUGAUGCUAAAGUAUACUUAUGCUAAUCAUUGUGAUAAUAAAUACACACGUUUAUGGAAAAUACCAGAAACUGCUUGAGGAACAUAGACUCAUAUAUGACUCAUAUAUGAUUAUAAUCAUAACUCAUAUAUGAUUAUAAUCAUGUAUUUAUUUGGUUUAAUGUUUUAUUAGUCUCUUCCCUGUGCCUUUGUUGAUACUGGACUAAUGCAUCCGUAUAUCUGUCACACUCAAACACUUAUAUAACUCGUAUAACUCAUAACUCCUGUUUUCUUCUCAUGAGCUCCCUCUGUUGCUCUGGCUGAAAGGAUAACAGUAUAGAGAGAUCGCUCAAACCUCCUCGGAUUGCAAUCAUUGCAUAAUUUCGAGGAAAAUGAACAGAAAUGCUCAGAAAUGUGACGUAAAUGUUAUUUUAUGAAUAUUUUUCUAAAUGUGUAAGCCUUUGGAUUUAAAAGCCUUACUGGAGUUAUUUUGAAACUGAAGCAGGUGCAACUGAACAGGUAAGUGUUCUCUUUUUAUGUGAAAUGGUAAAAACCAGUUUGAUUCAGCACGAUUGAUGUGCAGUCCUGACACAAAUUAAUAAAUUACUGCUACUGUAAUGUUUUUAUUGUAAAACAUUGGUCAAAUAUUGAUGUUGGAAUCUUAAAUCUUUAAGUAAAGACCAAACGUUCACUUCUGUCAUGCUCAUUUUGCGAUCUAGCUAGUUUUCAGUCAGCUUGUGAAAUGGUCAGGUUGUGUGACGUUGUUCUGUGGAGGUGUGUUAAGGGUGUUUUAGGGAAGUGCUGUGGGGUUACUGGCCCGACAGUGGAAAUGCAACUUGAUUUUGGCCUCGGUGCUUGUGGUCCGAGUCUAUUAGCCCAGCAUGGCAUGUUGUUAGCCCUGGCUUGUACUGGCCCGACAUUGGAAAAGUGGCUAUUGAAGAAUAUUUAAAUUUCUGUUCUAGCCAAGUCAGAAGUGUGACAAAUGAAAACAUUUGUUAAAAUGAUGACAAGCUAGAAUAUAAAAUAAGUUAACUGGCUGGUUUUAAGUUAGUCAAAAAAAAAAAAAAAAAACUUUAUUAUUAUUAGCGUUAUUCAGCAUGAAGAUUUACCAAUUGUCACAGUCUCCGUCUGUCCUGGACUCCAUUUCCCAUCAUCCUCCAUGGCCCUCACCUGCACUCACUCCACCAUCAGCUAAUCACACACACCUGUUCCCUGUCAGCACCUCAUCACACAGGACUAUUUAAGCACACCACUCACCUCCUUUAGUUGUCUGAUCUCAUUUAUAUGAAGGAUGCUUCAUGUUUAUCUCCAAGACACUUAGCUGUUCUACUCCAGCGUGUUUCCCCAGUCUCUGUGCUUUGUCGUCUGUGUGUGAGUCUACCCACCUUCAAUGUGUGUUCAUCCUGUCGACUGAUAUCCAUCCAUCCAUGGUCUGCAAACCUGUAAGACUAAGGACUGUAUCUGUGUUCAGUUACCACUUUGCAAGGACUCCAUCUUCUAUCCACUCCCCUGCAUCACUGUGUCACCCUGCUGUUUGUUAAAUUAACAUCCCUCUGUGUUCACCUCUGUGUCUCCGUCCCUCCUGUCCAUAACACCAACAUUUCAAAUAAAAAAAACAAAACAAAAACUCCACAGCAUAAUCUAUUCAUGCUGCACUGAAUGCUGGGUACCAUACAUAUGCACUGUAUAAAUACAGUAUGAUAUUGUAGAUUUUACUUGAAAUUUCCAAGAGUGCAGUUAGAUACAAGGGAACCCCUACUGUGGAAUUACUGUGAAAGUAAUGCAAUUAUUAACCUGGAAUAUACUGUAAUUUCACACUAAAAAAUUGUAGAUUAAAAAGUUCAAAGUUGUUCAUAGUAGCAGGACAGGAAGAAACUCUUCACCUACAAACUAACAUAAACACACAUUCACUGUAUAAAAAAAACAACAACCCUGCUGCAGGUUUCAGUUUGUCUCAGAGGAUGAACUUCUGUAAAACUUGUACUGUGAGAUCAGACAUGGUUUUAACUUUAACUUAAUUUUAAUUUUCUAUUUUCCCCAUACAUGAAUUGAAUAAAUAUAAAGCACUAGAGUUACUCUCUGUUUUAUGUUACAUUUCUAUUUUAUCAUGAAAUGUAGUUUUUAUUUUAUAUAAAUAACGUGCAUAUACAUGUGUGCGUGUGCAUCAGGAGGGUCAGACUCUGUCGGGGGAGGAUUCACAUUACUUCUGUUGUGUUUCUUUAGAUCAGUUGUGCUUUCAUUCAUUGUCUUAUUAGAUCAGAAAAUGUUUAGUGUGUUUGUUUUGUUCUGUUUGUGCUGCCGGCGUGUGAUUGGUGAGCUUGAUGCUGAAACAACUGAAAUACAAUCAGUGUCAGUGAUGGAGGGAGAUUCUGUCACUUUACACACCAGUGUUACUAAAAUACGUGAAGACGACGACAUACUGUGGAAAUUUGGAGCUAAAAACUCUCUUAUAGCUAAAAUCAGCAUUGAGAACCAAAUCUUCUCCAAAUAUAAUGGUACUGAUGGGAAAUUCAGAGACAGACUGAAGCUGGAUGAUCAAACUGGAUCUCUGACCAUCACAAACAUCACAACUGAACAUGCUGGAGUUUAUCAACUAGAGUUAAAUGGAGCAAAACUGUCAACAAAAACAUUCAAUGUUUCUGUCUAUACUCGUCUGCCUGUUCCUGUCAUCAGCAGUAACUCUUCACAAUGUUCUUCAUCAUCAUCAUCAUCAUGUUCAUUGGUGUGUUCAGCUGUGAAUGUGAGUCAUGUGACUCUCUCCUGGUACAAAGGAAACAGUUUAUUGUCCAGCAUCAGUGUGUCUGAUCUCAGCAUCAGUCUCUCUCUACCUCUGGAGGUGGAAUAUCAGGAUAACAACACCUACAGCUGUGUGCUGAACAAUCCCAUCAGCCACCAGACUCAACAUCUGGACAUCACUCAACUCUGUCACACAUGUGCAGACUCUGUCCGCUCUUGUGGUUCUACUGAAGCUGUGAUCCGAUUGGUCCUCUCUGCACUGGUGGGUGUGGCUACUGUCAUUCUUCUGGUUUAUGAUAUUAGAUCCAGAAGAGAUGAACAAAAUCAAGUACAUAUUCACACAUUGGGACAGUAAAUGAUGAUGUCAUUUCUCAUUCUCAACUAUUUCAAUGAUUUAAUAAUCUUGAUUUAUUUUUAAUAGCUUAAUAUAUUAAUCUGCUGGUGUCAAUGUUUAUUUAUUGGCAUGUUUUUCAAUAAAACUUUCCCACUCUGAAAUUCAA